GUUCAUUUGACUUUCAUGUUUUUGCUUGCCUACUUAAGUACCCUGCUCUUGAGAUUUGUCAAAUGAAUAUAAAUAAAAAAUAUUUUAAAUCGAAAGCUCAGGGUUCAGGCUGUAAUGAUAUCAAAGAAACUGCCUUGCGGCCAAUAACAAUAUUAAUUUGAUAUCCGUCAAAUAAAACGUGAUGAUAACUAAAUUAUAGGUGUUAAUAUUUCGUUUUGUGAUAAAUAAAAACAAAUUUAUCGAGUUUUCAAUUUUAGGAAAUUAAAGUUCAAUAGUUAUACUUUUUGACGUCUAAAAUAUUGAUAAGUCUGCAGCUUCUAAAACCACAAAAUGGAAAAUACACUAGAAGAUUGUGCAGUGUGUAUGCAAAAAUAUAAUCAUCCAGCCAAAUUACCUUGUGAUCAUAUUUUCUGUUUUCUUUGUGUGAAGGGUGUAAUGAGAAGAAAUCACAACUGUCCAAUGUGCCGUACACCAAUUCCUUUAGACUACUUAGACAAUCCUGUAUUUAUUAAUGAAACGGAAAAUGAAAUAGUUAAUGAUUUUGAAAAUGAAAAAUACUGGUGGUAUUAUGAAGGAAGGGAUGGAUGGUGGAGUUAUGAUGAAAGAAGUAAUGAUGAUUUAGAAUCAGACUUCAAUGCAGGAAAGACUGAAUGUAAACUAUUGGUAGCAGGUGCUAUGUAUUGUGUAGACUUUAAUACAAUGAUUCAAUUUCAACUGAAUGAUCCUGGAAGAAGAAGAAAAGUCAAAAGGGACUCAAUCAAACAUCCUUCUAAAGGUAUUGCUGGAAUAAGAAAAAAUAUUCCUUCAUUCAAUUCUAAUAAUAAUAAUGAUACCACUCUAAAUGUAAAUCAAAUUUCACCUACCAAUUCUCCAGAAAAUGAAACGGAUGUACAUAGUUCUGACAAUGUUGUAGCAUUGCAAGCAAAUGAUAUUGAAGCUAUAUCUCAAAGUUUGAGUUUUAUGUCAAUACAAGAAGCAGAAAAUCCUUCAAGCCCUUCUCCAGAAAACACAUGAUAUAUUGUUUUAUUUAUUAUCUUUUUAACUGUCUUUCUAUACGAGAUUUUCAAACAACUUAUGAAGCUAAGGAUUAGUUACAUAUUGUAGAAAAUAUUGUAUUGAAUUUGUUGGAAAUUAAAUUAUUUUAAUGUAUUAUUUACAAAAAUACACUGCAAAUAACUACAUUUAUCUUCGCUCCAUAUAUUACAACCAAUGUUUGAUAUAUUUUUAAACAGGUAGAAAAGGGUAGUAACAGACAUAAGAAUAAUACUUAUAGAUCAAUUAUUAUAUUUUAGUAAAUGUUACUGAAAAUUAA